GGCUUUAGUGCCGUUAGGACGGAAUAGAAUAUCAUAACCGCUUGGCUGUCCUGAAGCGUCAUAGUUACGCUCCCCUGACCCGAUCCCAUCAUUGAAAUCUCGCGAUCGUGUGCACAAUCUCAGGAUUUCAAUUUGUUCCGAUGUAGAUGAGUUAGCCCUGUCAUCAAAGGGUUAAUAUAGACAUGUUAGUAAAUCAUAGGAUGGGUGUAAAUAUUAGAAUCAUAGAACAUUUAAAACAAAAUCCUACCUCAGUGUUUAUUUUCUACUAUAAUAUGAAGUGAGGCAACAAGCAACUUAUUGUGGUCUCUUCCGGUUGGUGUUUAAUUUGUUAUUAUCUAAUAUUUAACUACACAGAGAUAUGAUUAACCAAAGUACAUAUUUGUUUUGCUUUAAAAGUGGUCCAAAUGGUGAAAUUCCUCUUUUCAAAACUAUAUAUGAUUAUUAUUAUUAUUAUUAUUUUAUAAUAAUUUCUGAUUUGUUUCUUUAAAACUACAUACCAAAUAAUACCCUUUUAUUUUGAGAAAUAGGUAGUCUGUGGAUGAUAAAAAGCAAAGAAUAAAUACAAAUUAUGCUAAUUCAAGUGAAAAUGAUCAUAUUUACAAUCAAAUUCAGUUAAGGUGGAUUUUCUAAUUGUUGUAUAACUCCCAAAUCCAUGAAUAUUGGUGACAUCAUAUAACUAGAAAUUGAUUAACUUUGGGGCAAAAUGUGAUAAAGAGAUAUUAAAGGGACAUAAUACCCAUAUACUAAAUCAUUGGAAAGUUGCCAAGAAAAUAUCACCUCAACAUCUCAAUGUUAAAAAUGAAGACAUAUUACCUCAAAAAAAAUUUCAGCUCACAAUAAUAGGUUCUCUGUAAACAGUUAUCCUUCAGUUACUGUCAGCUGCAUGGUGAACAAAAAAAAAACAGCCAAUCAGCUUCAUAAGUGCUGAUAUCAGACUUUGCUUUACUGAGAUCAAUGCCUUUCAAAUACCUCACAUGGCAGCAAAAGUGUGAAACUGGUUAAAGAGAUAUAGGUAUGUGAGAACAAUUCAAAAAUAAUAUUGAAACAAAAUAAUUCUCUAUUUCACCAACAUUAGUAUAAUUAUUGAUCUAUCACAUACAAUGGUGAAGGUAGUCAAUGGGUUUUACAAACAUUUCCGAACCAAACUGUUCACAUUUAUGAAAUGAAGGAAUUUUUAGGAAUGUUAAAGCAGCAUUUCCAGAAUAUGGGAAGCUGCAUGUGCUAUUUAUUUAAAUAGGUGUGAACAUUUUUUUCCAGUACUGGAAAAACAUAUUAGUGUUCAUGCAUUCAAAAUAAUAUACAGUAUGUCCAGUAUUAUCACUGGCUUUAAACAUAUUGGCUAUCAAAAUAUUAACAAAAAUAUCUGCUGCCUAAAUUGCAUAAUAUUUCAGUGAUUGUUGGAGUGACAAACAAUUUUAUUGGUGCCAAAAAUCUUUUAUACCUUUUGAUAUACAAUAUAAUGUAUAAAUGAACCAUACUAUGAUUGUAUAUGUUUACAUUAGUUUUAUCUAUUCAGUAAAUAUGUUACAGUAAUAUAACUUUUUUUUAAAACAAAGAAUUAUAAUACAAAUACAUUUUACAAUUA